CGAGCGCUGGUGGCGGCUGAGGUGGGCUCUGCAGCUGGGAGAGGUCCGGGCUGCCAGAGUCCAUGCACCAUCAGGAUGUCCCUUGGUGCCUACUGCGUCAUCUGCUGCAGAAGAAUAGGAACCUUAGCCACCCGCUCAAAAAGUCACACAUCCUGGAGAAAUAUCCGAAAUAUAGUAAGAUAUACUGGAUCCCUCAUUUUAGGGGGUUCUUUAUAUCUUACAUACGAAGUCCUGGCCCUGAAGAAAUCUUUAACGUUAGACACUGAGGUGGUGGAAAGAGAAAAAAUGAAGUCUUACAUCUAUGUGCACACAGUUCCUGUAGACAAGUUAGAAAACCGCGGGCUUGUUUGGCAGGCAAGAAAAGAACUUCACAAAGCAGUAAGGACAGUGUUGGCAGCAUCAGCCAAGGCACUACGGAGCCCAUUUGCUGACCCCUUCUGCACAGUAGACAUAGAAGAACACGACUGUGCCGUGUGGCUGCUCCUCAGGAAGAGCCAGGAGGACGACAGAGCCGCGCGGCUGGAGGCUGUGCGCGAAAUGUCAGAGGCUCACCAUUGGCAUGACUACCAGUACAGGAUAAUUGCUCAAGCCUGUGACCCGAGGACCCUUAUUGGUUUGGCACGAAGCAAAGAAAGUGAUCUUCGCUUUUUCCUCCCACCCCCUCCUUUGCCGUCUUUAAAAGAAGACUCCUCCACUGAGGAGGAACUCAGGCAUCUGUUGGCCUCUUUACCUCAGACAGAGCUUGAUGAGUGUCUCCAGUAUUUUACGUCCUUGGCUCUGAGUGAAAGCAGCCAGAGCCUGGCCGCACAGAAGGGAGGACUAUGGUGUUUUGGAGGAAAUGGACUUCCUUACGCGGAAAGCUUUGGAGAAGUUCCCUCAGCCACAGUGGAGAUGUUCUGUUUAGAAGCUAUAGUAAAGCAUUCGGAGAUACCCUCCCACUGUGACCACAUUGAAGCAGGCGGGGGCCUGCAGCUGCUGCAGAGGCUCUACCAGCUCCACAAGGACUGCCCCAAAGUGCAGAGAAACAUCAUGAGGAUCAUUGGAAACAUGGCCUUGAAUGACCAUCUUCACUCUGCUAUCGUCCAGUCAGGCUGGGUUUCUAUAAUGGCAGAAGCUUUGAAAUCCUACCACAUUAUGGAAGCCUCUCAUGCUGCCAGAACCCUGGCUAAUCUAGACCGAGAAACCGUGAGCGAGAAGUACCAGGAUGGGGUGUACGUUCUGCACCCCCAAUGCCGGACAGGUCAGCCCAUUAAAGCCGAUGUCCUUUUUAUUCAUGGCCUUAUGGGAGCAGCGUUUAAAACCUGGCGCCAGCAGGAUAGCGAGCGAGUUCUGACAGAAAAUGCCUUGGUGGGUGAAGACAGGUACACUACAUGCUGGCCUAAGACAUGGCUAGCAAAAGACUGUCCUGCGCUUCGCAUCAUAUCUGUGGAGUAUGACACCAACCUCAGUGACUGGAGAGCUAGAUGUCCCAUGGAAAGAAAGUCCAUUGCAUUCAGAAGCAACGAACUUCUCAGCAAGCUCAGAGCGGCUGGUGUUGGGGAUAGGCCAAUGAUUUGGAUUUCACAUAGCAUGGGAGGUCUUCUUGUCAAGAAGAUGCUGUUAGAAGCCUCGAAGCAGCCGGAACUGAGCGCAAUUGUAAACAAUACCAGAGGCAUCAUCUUUUACAGCGUCCCUCACCACGGGUCACACCUGGCCGAGUACUCCAUUAAUGUUCGAUAUCUUCUCUUUCCCUCUGUGGAAGUCAAAGAGCUCAGCAAGGAUUCCCCUGCACUUAAGAUGCUACAGGAUGAUUUUCUGGAGUUUGCAAAAGACAAAAACUUCCAGGUGCUGAAUUUUGUAGAAACACAACCAACGUAUAUCGGCAGCAUGAUUAAACUGCAUAUAGUGCCCGUGGAGUCAGCAGAUUUAGGCAUUGGGGAUCUAAUUCCUGUGGAUGUCAACCACUUGAACAUUUGCAAGCCGAAGACAAAGGAUGCUUUUUUGUACCAACGUACCCUACAGUUCAUCUGUGAAACUUUAGCCAGAGAUCUUGAAAACUGACAGCUACCUUCUUUCCAUUCUUAUGUGAAUACAGUGCAAGAAAUGCAGCACUCGCCUUCUCUAAGCUGUAUGCAGUCCUGUGCACUCACUGUGGCUUCAGCCUGUUCUGCAAGUGUGGCGCAGACAGCAGAAAUGCAGCUCUUCAGGCAAGCACUGGGAAACGCCCACAUAGACAUGGAGGUCACAGAGGAAGGGUUACAAGAAACUUUCGUGCUGGGCCUUGGGGUGGGGAGCCAAGUUGCUUGUGGCCAGAAUGCCUGUCCACUUGAGACUGUCCCAGCUUACCCAAGAGUCCCAACCGGCAACUUAACACACCACAGAAAAUGCCAUCUGGAGAGAACAAACUAGAAGAUGCUGUCAUGUUUUAGUGUCAGUUUUUAACCGUUAAUAUGUCAGCUACACAUUUGACACUUUCUCACUGGGUAUCACGUACCCAGUGGUAUGCUAGGGUCAGUCUUAUAUGCUUCUGUUUUUUUUUUUUAAAUGUUGUUGAGAAUAGUGUGUGUGUGUGUGUGUAUAUAUAUAUAUAUUUUUUUUUUUAGAAUAUUUUAACUAGUUAUACAGUAAUGUGCUCUGGAUAUGGAAAAAACUAUUUGCAUCUGGCAGAUAAGCUAACCACUUAGCUAAGACUCACUUUUCUUUGUGUACCCUUCUAAAGGCUGAUGGCCUUUUUUGUAUUUGAGUAACAGCAUUGUGGGUGUUU